CUAUUUUAUUCAUUGUUUACAUCCGGUGGCGGCCAUUAUGUUCAAUACGUAACGUCUGUCAAAUGCUAAAUAAUCUGCAACGUUGCCAGUAUGCCCAGAUCUUCUUGAUGGGAUCGGAUUUGUAGUUGAAUGAGAUUAUGAAAUAUUAACAGGGAUCGAAUUUUCGCGGCCCUUUUGGUAUUGAAAAAUUGGCAAGUGCAUUAUAUGUGAAGAUCUUUGUUAAUUGGUUUCAACUAUCUAUGGUUUUCAUUGAACAAGUAUUCCCGCUCUUUUCAACAAGUAUUCCCGCUCUUUUGAUCAAAUCAGUCUAUAGCUGAUAACCGUAUAGUGAUUAGUGAACAGUUUGUUUCCGAACUAUUAAAGCGAAGUGCUAGUGUGAACUGUGAAGUGUUUUUUGAUUAAUUACAGUGAGGGUAAUAAUACAGUAAGUAAGAUGGAUACAGAUAUAUGUGCCGGAUGUAAGUAUUCUCUUAAAAAUUUUUUAUCUAUGUGUGAAAAUGAUGAUCGAUUGAAAGAGUUUUUAAAAGUUCACGGUGUGAUUGAUUGUGCAGAUGUAAUAAUUUGUCCAAAAUGCAACAAACCGUGCAAAUUUUUUGAACGACACAACAAAUACGUUUGUAAUACUACAACAGUUGUAGUAAAUGCUAGAAAUAGAAGAGUUCGCCAGAGAUGUGGCUUCAUUCAGACAUCCAGAAAAAACACUUUUUUCUCGGGAAGUAAGAAGUCUGUCCAGGAAAUAUGCCAGUUUGUCGCAUUUUGGCUGGUUGGUUUCAAGCAAGAACAACUUGAACUCGAAACGGAAUGGAGCAGAAGGACAGUUGUAGACUGGGUUAGUUUUUGCAGGGAAGUUUGUUUUAUAAUUGUACGCGAUCAUACUGAACCUUUAGGGGGACCGGGCAAAAUUGUGGAAAUAGAUGAAGCGAAAUUUGGUCGGAGAAAAUAUAAUCGAGGUAGAAUUAUAGAGGGGCAGUGGAUUUUUGGGGGAAUCGAACGAGAAUCCAAGAAAGUAUUCAUGGUUCCAGUUGCCGAUAGGAGUCAGGAUACUUUGUUGGAAAUAAUCAAGGAGUGGAUUCUUCCAGAAACCACUGUUAUGUCCGAUUGUUGGAGAUCCUAUGAUUGUUUGGAAAAUGAGGGUUUCCAACAUCUGAAGGUUAACCACUCGUUAAACUUUGUGGACCCUGACACUGGAGCUCAUACCCAGAAUGUUGAGAGGCUUUGGAGGGAUAUCAGGUUUGAUAUUCCUAGAUUUGGAAGGCGCUCGGACAAUUUUGUUUAUUACUUGGCCGAGCAUUAUUUUCAUCGGAAAUUUCCUAAAUUCACCGAUAGGUUCCAUGAAUUCUUUAAAUAUAUUGCUGAAGUAUAUCCCCCCACAGACACUCAACAUGAAGGGGAGGGUACCAGUAGUUAGUUUUAUUUUGAUUAUAUAUUUCCAUCUAUAGAUUAGCUUCAUCAACGUAUAUUUCACUGUAAUUUACUAUUUUUCACUUUAUUUUACUAUAUUCUACUUCUAUUCAUGUUGUUCUUGCUCGUUCCAAAUUUUUCCUAUUUUUUUUCCAAAACCCAAGUUUUCCUCAUUUCCAUUAUCCUUUCCUGGCAAAGGUGGCCUACACCUCCUCGU